GUUUUUACUUUUAAAAUGCCUGUAUUUGUCUUUUGAACAGGCUCAUAAACCAUACCAUGGAUAACUUAUUGGACUUGGCCUGAAAGGAGUGAGUAGUGCCACUACUGGCCAUCCUGGCGACAGGUUUUUCAGAAUGAAUGGAAGGUCAUGCAGCAUGAGUCUUCACCGGACAGCAGGAAACACACAGGGGCCUGGGAUGCUUAGUGGCCAACAUGGCCCUCCCCUCCGAGGUCACUCUGGGACGCCCGGCCCAGUGUCCUGUGGCAGCACAGCGAGCCCCGCUAUUGGAAGCCUUGCUAACAGUCUCCAUCUCAAGAUGCCUUGUGGAGAAGGGAUGGCUCCUCAGAACAACAUGGUUGAGAGCCCCAUUCACCUGCCUGCCUUGAGCCCCAGGAGACAAGUGCUCACCAGUGGGAAGCCCCGAUACCAGGUCACUCAGGCCGGAGGCUUGUCAGGGUCACACACUUUAAAGCCAAAGCAGCAGGAAUUUGGAAACCCUUUUCCUUCAAAUCCUGGGAAAGGGGCUCUUGGCUUUGGGCCUCAGUGCAAGUCCAUUGGAAAAGGCAGCUGCAACAAUCUAGUGGUCACCAGCAGUCCCAUGAUGGUUCAGCGACUGGGACCCAUUUCACCUCCAGCAAGCCAGGUCUCCACAGCAUGCAACCAGAUCAGUCCUAGCUUACAGAGGGCUAUGAAUGCAGCCAACCUGAAUAGACCUCCUUCAGAUACCAGGUCCCUUAUUUCGUGUGAGUCUCUGGCAUCCAUGACUCUGAGUCUGACGGAAAGCCAGUCGGGCUUGAGUGUGAAACAGGAGUGGUCGCAAGGCUACAGGACUGUCCCUGCACUUUCCUCCAGCCCCGGCUCCCAGAAUGGCAUUGGUCUAGGUGAUCUUGGUAGCCUUCCUCCAGGAGCAUCCAUGUCCAGCAAUAGUGUUUCUAACUCAUUGCCGCCCUACCUUUUUGGCAUGGAGAAUAGCCACUCUCCUUAUCCCAGUCCCCGGCACUCAGCCACCAGGUCCCACUCUACACGCUCUAAGAAGAGAGCGUUGUCCCUGUCCCCACUCUCUGAUGGCAUCAGCAUAGACUUUAACACCAUCAUCCGCACCUCUCCCACGUCCUUGGUGGCCUACGUCAAUGGAUCCAGAGCUUCCCCAGCCAAUGUGUCUCCACAGCCUGAAGUCUACGGGCACUUCCUGGGGGUGCGUGGCAGCUGCAUCCCCCAACCGUGUCCGGUGCCCAGUGGCCAGAAGGGCGUACUGGUGGCCAGCAGCGGCCUGGCACUGCCAGCGUAUGGCGAGGACUGCGCACUCGAAUAUGAGCGCAUGCAGCAACUGGAGCACGGUGGCCUCCAGCCCGGACAGGUCAACAACAUGGUGGUACAGAACCGUUUACAGGUCCCAGACGGCCCUCCGACCUCUGGCCUGCUCAAGACCGAGCGUCUGGAAGAGUUCCCGGGCAGUGCCCUUGACCUGCCUCCUUUGCCACCUCCCCAAGGUCCCCCACCCCCCUACCAUGCCCACUCACACCUGCACCAUUCAGAGCUCCUGGCCCAUGCCCAGCCACUGGCUCUAUCCCAGGCCAGCCUGGAUGAGGAUGGAGACAUGGACGACCUGGGGGGCAAGCACUGCUGUCGCUGGAUUGACUGCAGCGCCCUGUAUGACCAGCAGGAGGAACUUGUGCGGCACAUUGAGAAGGUCCACAUAGACCAGCGCAAGGGCGAAGACUUCACCUGCUUCUGGGCCGGUUGCCCUCGACGGUACAAGCCUUUCAACGCCCGCUAUAAGCUGCUGAUCCACAUGAGGGUCCACUCCGGGGAGAAGCCCAACAAGUGUACGUUUGAAGGUUGCAAAAAAGCCUUUUCAAGGCUCGAAAAUCUCAAGAUUCACUUGCGGAGCCACACAGGCGAGAAGCCAUAUCUGUGCCAGCAUCCGGGCUGCCAGAAGGCGUUCAGUAACUCCAGUGACCGUGCCAAACACCAGCGGACACAUCUGGACACUAAACCUUAUGCUUGUCAAAUUCCAGGAUGUACCAAACGCUACACAGACCCAAGUUCCCUAAGAAAGCAUGUGAAGGCCCAUUCUUCCAAAGAUCAACAAGCAAGGAAAAAGCUGCGGUCCAGCACAGAGCUCCAUCCAGACCUGCUCACGGAUUGCCUCACUGUGCAGCCACUGCAGCCGGCCGCUUCCCCAAGAGAUGCUGCUGCCGAUGGCACUGUGGGAUGCUCCUCAGGGUCCGGACCGGACCUCUAUUCAGCUCCCAUUUUCUCCAGCAAUCAUUCAAGUCGAAGCGGAACAGCUGCUGGGGCCGUGCCACCCCCGCAUCCUGUCAGUCACCCUUCUCCGGGACAUAAUGUACAGGGGAGCCCCCACAACCCCUCUUCCCAGUUACCUCCACUCGCAGCUGUGGACGCAGGAGCUGAGAGGUUCGUGCCUUCAGUCCCAUCUCCUCACCACCACAUCAGUCCCCGGCGAGUCCCAGCUCCCUCAUCCAUCCUGCAGAGAGCGCCGCCACCCCAUCCCCAGCAGCUCUCCGGUGCGCACCUGAAGUCCUUUCAACCAGAAACAAACUCUUCCUUUCAACCAAAUGGCAUCCACGUGCAUGGGUUUUAUGGACAGCUGCAAACCUUAUGUCCUCCACACUACCCUGACUCACAGAGAACCGGGCCGCCCGUCAGCUCCUGCAGUGCAGUGCCUUCCUUCGAGGACUGCCUGGUCCCCACGUCCAUGGGCCAGGCUGGUUUCGAUGUUUUCCACAGAGCCUUCUCAACUCAUUCGGGCAUUACAGUGUAUGAUUUGCCGUCGGCUUCUUCGAGUCUCUUCGGAGAGUCACUCCGCAGCGGGCCUGAAGACGCCACGUUCUUGCAGAUUAGUACUGUGGACCGCUGCCCUAGCCAGCUGUCCUCCAUCUACACUGAAGGCUAGAGGUGCUCCCGGCCUCUGCUGCUCCUCCAGAACCUUUUGGAGGCUUGCUGCCUUUUGUCUUCAUCUUCUCACCGACUGCGUG